AUGUUGACGGACGCCAUAUUUUGGUUGGUGACAGGGACGUUGGUGGCAAAUACUAUUGCAGGUCCUGAUUGCUUGUUGUUUACAAACUGGCGUUACCAAGGAGAAUCUCGUAGUAAAUUUAUUUGGAAGACUGAGAAAUGCCUACAAAGUACAGUUCAAACGCUGUGUGAACAACCGAAAGAUGGAUCAGGCGAUUGUCCAGCUGAUUUCCCAAUGGCUAUAGGAGACAGUUGCUACUGGUUUGAUUUGACUCCAGUAGAUCACGACGAAGUGAGUGAAAUAUGUGCGCUUAAGGGCGGAGAUAUCGCUGCCAUUGACACACCAAGCGAGGCGAGAGAAUUGGGAAAGCUACUUGCAGCGGUACCCGAUGCAGGAUACAAGAAUUACAAGGAAUUCAGAAUAAAACAUUGGACAGGAUACAAGGAGUAUGCGAACCAACAGGAGGAUUGCAAGUGUUUGAUUCUAUCAAACUAUAGAACCAAAGUGAGCGACCCCGGGAAACUCUAUAUAACUAGAGAGGGUUGUGACGGCCUGUCCCAAUUACUCUGUGAGAUGGACAUUCCACCAUCAGGUGUAUGCCCUGAUGGUUUCAACGACUUCAAAGUUGACGGCUCUUGCUACAUGGUUGACUUUGCCUUCAAUGAGCACGACAGAAACGACAUGUUCUGUAAGGUUGCAAAUGACGCCGGCCAUCUUGUUCGAGUUGAUUCAGAUUUUGCGAAAAUUGGGAAAGAGCUUGUAAAGCUACCCAACUUUCCGAAUGGAUCAACUGUUGAAUUCACUCUCGAAGACCCUGCGACAGGUCCUAUACCACAGUCAUGUGCACCGCCGGAGCCUGAUAACUCUAACCAAUAA